AUGACUGUAUCCUACAAGAAAAUCAGAACUUCUAACACUUAUAAAGAAGAAACUAGUUUAAGCUCAGGCCCUUCUAAGAGCUUAUUAGAACAAACUAAAGCUCAAGUCUUAAACAGCCAAGAAUCAAAAGCUUUAUCAACACAAAAAGCAUAUACAGUAACAGACUCAAAAGUUAGUGAAGCACUAAACAAAGAAAAUAUUAAUCUUGAAAAAAAUAAUGAUGAUGCAUUGUUUACACCUGCUGACAACACGUACACAGAGUGCAGAUAA